AUGUCUCGUUUUUUUGCCACAAACUAUAACUAUGAUGAGACCAGCUCUUCAUCUGAAGAAGACUUGUUGAGUUCUUCUGAGGAGUUGCUAUCAUCUUCUGAAGAAGGUGAGUUGUCUGACGACUCUCUAUUCAACGAUGAAUCUGAAUCUGAAUCCGAUUUUGACUCAGAUGAUUCUGAUGCAAAGCCAUACGGUCCAGAUUGGUUCAAGAAGCCUGAAUUCAGAAAGGGAGGCAACAAAUUCCUCAAAGGUGCCAGCUACUCUGACUCUGACGAAUCAGAUGAGGAAGAUGGAAAGAAGGUUGUCAAGUCUGCUAGAGAGAAGUUGCUAGACGAAAUGCAAGCCGUUUAUGACAAGAUUGAAACUGCUGAAAUGUCUGAUGACUGGAUGACCAUUUUGAAUGAAUUUGACUCCAUUACUAGGUUGUUGGUUAGAGCUCAGCAACAAAACUUCGGUAUUCCUAAGAUUUUUGUCAAGGUUGUUGCACAAGUUGAAGAUUUGGUUUCUAACUCAGAACAAACCGAAAUCAAAAACAAAGCUGUUUCAAAGGCUUUCAACACCACCAAGCAAAGAGUUAAGAAGAUUGCAAGAGAGAAUGAAGCUCUACUAGCUAAAUUCAGAGAAGAUCCUCAAUCGUUCGAUAAAGAAGACACAGUAGAACCAGAACUUCCACCUCUGAAUGAGGAAAACAAGGUCUUCACUGGUAAAGGUGUCAAUCUUUCUUCUUUGGCUAGUGCAUCUUCUGAAUUCAGUUUCAUGGCCAGUUUGCAAAUCGUCAAUGACAGCAGAGGUAAGAAGAACUCCAAUCAAGCAGAACUGAUAAAGACUUUGGAAGAACUAUUAAACAUCGCAAAGACCCCAUAUGAGAGAAUUCUAGCUUACUUGACGUUGAUCCCAACCAGAUUGGAGGAGUCUACUAACCUGUCAUAUCAACCAAUAGACCAAUGGAAGUCUACUCACGACGACCUGAACAAGUUGUUUGACAUCUUAGAUGAAAACAUCUCUUCUUACCAAGUUACCGAACUUGCCGCCAGAAAUGACGACUUGGAAACAGAACCAGAGCCAAAUGCUAAUGGUAUCAGAGAAAUCUUGGGUUCUCUACUAUCAUUCACCGAAAGAUUGGAUGAUGAAUUUAAGAAAUCCCUAUUGAACAUCGACCCACAUUCUAGUGACUACCUAGAACGUUUGAGAGAUGAACAAAAUAUGUACAACUUGCUUCUAAGAACUCAAUUGUACAUGGAAGCCACUAUCCCAGAAGAGAGACAAGAACAACUGCUUGCCCGUGCUUUUGUGAGAAGAUUGGAUCACAUCUACUACAAAUCCAACAAGCUCAUCAGUAUUAUUGAAAACAGUGCUUGGAAGGCUGUCCCAUCUAGCUACAAAUCUAAAUACAUCCCAUUCAGUGGUAAUGCAGAUGAAGAAUAUUGUUCUCAGCUUGUAGAAGGUCUGUCCAAAAGUCUGGCCAAUCAAGAUAAUGUUUUCCUACAAAAGCGUGCCACUUUGAGUCACAUAUACUACACUGCAUUGAAUGGCGAAUUCGAGGUCGCUAAGGAAUUACUUCUAAAGACAAAGGUACAAAGCAAUAUUAACAAGUCUGACCCAUCUCUACAAAUUUUAUUCAACAGAGUUGUUGUUCAAUUGGGUCUUUCUGCAUUCAAACUAUGUAAGAUUGAGGAAUGUCACCAAAUCCUGAACGAACUUCUAGCAAGUUCGCACUUGAGAGAAAUCUUGGGUCAACAGAGUCUGCAGAGAAUUGCCUCCAAUUCAAGCAGUUCAAGCUCCUCUGAAGACCGUGAAAAGCAAUGUCUACCUUAUCACCAGCACAUCAACCUUGACCUUGUUGACUUGGUCUUCAUGACUUCCUCUUUAUUGAUCGAAAUUCCUCAAAUGACUGCAUACUUGACUGGUAUCAAGACAAAGAAGGUUCCUGUUUACCAAAAGUCUGUACGUCGUUUAGUAGAAAGUUUCGACAAGUCAUUCUUUCACGGUCCCCCAGAAUCUAUCAAGGAACAUGUUUUAUAUGCUGCAAAGUCCAUGCAAAAAGGUGACUGGAAGGGUUGUCUUGAAUACUUAAAGAGUGUCAAAACCUGGAAUUUGCUUCCAAACUCUGUUGAAGUUCUUGACAAUCUAACGGAAAGAAUCCAAAUCGAAACCAUGAAGACUUACGUUUUCACAUACAGAAGAUUCUACGAGAAGAUAUCUAUUAAGAAGUUUUCCGAAUUAUUCAGUCUGCCUGAAGAUAAAAUUGUUACAACUAUGGAAAAAGUUAUUGCUGAUUUGGAACUAAACAUCAAACUUGAUGAUAAUAAGACCUACAUUGUCAUCGAGAAGGGUGACGAAGUCAGCAAGCUGGAAGAAGUAGCUGUGAAGCUAAAUAAGGAGAUCAGAGCUACCAGGGAGCGUUUGAACCCAUCUCAUCACAAUCAUCGUUAA